GUUGCAAUCCAGAUUAUUAAUCGUGAAUUCUUGAUAAAUUUUACAUAUCAAAUAUAAUUAGAAAUUUCUAUAGGAAAGGGAAGCAAAGUACAGUCUGCAGAUUGCACCACGGUAAACGACUAGAAAUGUAUAUCAGAAUAAAAAUGAAAGUAAUAUACACAUUAAUAAUUACGAUCGCGCUAAUUGUUGGAGGUAUUAAUGGGCGGAGGACUUCAGGUACGAAAAGAAAGAAGAAAGAGAAAAACGGUGGAAUAUUCUCUGUUGACACUCAGAAGGACGAAAUACCAGGAUGGCCGAGCAUGGACGUGAUUUUUGAAGCAGUGAGUCCCAGAGACUAUGGUAUACCGAGACAAUGCAGCGAAAGUGAAUUGAAAACAAUAUUGAAAAGAUGUGUUAUUAUUUGGCAAAGUUAUUGCAAGUGCAAGCAUUGUGAAAGUUGUGAACAGAAAUGGCCUCCCACCGAAACAAAAAACUGGAACAAUGGUCGCAAUCAUAUUGGAUGGGAACAGUUAGACGAAUCGUGGAAAUGGGUUGGUAAAUGUGCUUACAAUGCUACAAACCUAUGGCGGAUUUGGUGUGGCGAGCAGGGUGAAAUAACUAACAGGAACACUUCCCAAAAAGAGGAAUAUAAAUACUGGUUUCUUCUAAACAUUGAUGCAAAUUUUGGCGAAGAAAAGAUCACACAGUUGUGUAUUGAACAUGAAUGUCCAGAGAAACCCACUUCAGAAGAAACGAAAACCAAAAUGGGAGAAGAAAACGCAAAGUAUUCAACAACAUCGCCAGCGAAUGCAGUAACGUAUCCGGGACCAUAUGGCAAUGAAAAUUUUGUAACGAUGGACAUCCGUGUUGAGUUAGGUAGAAAUGGCCAGGACAAGGACAACCAAGAUAUAUCAGACGCGUUGGGCACUUCCCAGCUUGUGUUUUCUGAAAAUUGCGACAAUGACGAACUAAAUGAGAUUUUGAAAAGAUGUAUUAUUAUUUGGCAGGAAUAUUGCAGAUGUGCGGGGUGUGAUAAUACAUGUGGAGAAGAAGAAUGGCCUCCGAAAGCCACAGAUGCUUGGAGAGUUCAUGACCGAAAAAUUGGUUGGGAAGAAUUAGAUGGUGCGUGGAAAUGGGCCGCAAAAUGUGCCCAUAAUGCAACAGAAUUAUGGAGGUUCUGGUGCUAUGACUGGGCACCAGGGAUCAAUGAGGAAUUAACAGAGAGUGAGCACGAACACUGGUUUUUAACGCAACUAGGAAUGAACACACAUCCAAAAAUAGUGCAUGGAUUAUGUCAAAGUUAUGAAUGCCAAAAAUUCAACCUCAAAUUGGGAUCAACUACAACUGAAGAAUUGGAACCAUAUACGAGAGUAGUAUCAAAAAACAUCGAAAUUACUACAUAUACAAAGACCACCGGGAAACAAACCAACACUGCUAUUACGAACGAUGGUGCAACUUUGGGGAGUUCAAAUGGGACAACGGUUCCAAAGUGGGCUUACAUAAUAAUCGCAGUGUUGGGUGCAAUAGUUAUUAUUUUCUUCGUGUUAUGCUGCAUGUUCUUAUAUUAUCGCGGGCGAUAUAAAAAGGAGAGAAGCGAUCCACAGAUCGUGUUCGAUGGUCGACGAGGAGAAACAAGUGCAACAGACAGUAGUACAAAUUGGCAGCAUCAAACAAGUUUCACGUUCUUCGGUGAACGAGCUCUGCCGGGAAUAGACGAGAGUAUUUACCACACCAUCACAGAUGCACCUGCCCCACCAGCAAGUCCAACUUUCGCCAUGGCUUCGUUCUCGCCUCCCAAAAAAACAACCCAACGUAGCAAUGCUGGGCAAUCGGUUACGAAUGUCCUAUACCAUGAUACAAUACCAAAAUAUGCAGCCACCAGUGAUCCCAAGUCUUCCAACACGAACCGAAGCGAUCAGCUUGCGGAGCCUCAUACAUACGAAGACACUGGCAAUAUUCUUUCAAUAACCAGUCCAGGAAAUUUUGAAAGCGCUAAUACGCCCCCUUACUUCGUUCCCACCAGUGCAGUGAGUAUGAACGAAUACGACACUCUUGGCUUGGGUGAUGUACAACAUAAUGAGCAACAAAAAGACGAACCCGAAGUUGUCCGAAGACAAAACUAUGACCAUAUUCAGCUUCUUUGAAAAUAAGAAAAAUGAAUUAAAAGAAUGAUUUGAAAGGAACUCCGCUUCUGAUGAAACUUUGUCUGCUAAUCAUUACUUCUAUUUCAAUAUGGUAAAGCAAUAGAAUUGUUAUUUUUAGAAGGCUCUGUAUAUUAUCUUGAUGCAAAUACUCAAUAAUAAUCAGUAGUUCAAUGAGAUAAGUUAUAUUCUACAAUUCCUGUUGAGGCGCGCAUACAACUAUCACGCGGUCUGGCCAGAAAAGGGAUGGCAAAAUAUUAAAUAUAUAGCGGCUGCAAACAUAAGUAGCGUUUGUUUCAUCCAGAAAUUAUAUUUCUGCUUGACAAUACCGCCUACUUUAAUUACUUCAUCAGCCUAUAAUAAAUGAGUAAACAUUAAAUCUAAAAUUGUUAGCGCCUGCAUGUAUGAGACAUAGGAAUUUUUAAUACGCUAGGAGACAGUAUUGGCGUCGAGAGAUGACUCAAAAUUACGUAAAUUUACGUCAAAACGUACGUUUACCAUUGAUAGGCCAGGCCAAUGCGAUAAAUGAAUUAUAGUUAUGGCAGGUUAUUAUAACAUGAGUGUGUAUAUGUUGCGCUGCUCGUGUUUGUGAUUGAUACAAAUUAACGGUGUGUGCGUUAGCCCGCAUUUCCGCUUUGCGUAUUCUGCAUGCGUACGCCACUGCAUCAGCGCAUCAACGGAAGUCGCAUGAAGACAAGUAUUGGUGGUAGUUGCAUUGAGGUGACGCAUACCAAAAUCGGUCGAGAAAGAAGUCACUGUAUUAGUAGCAGAAGAAACGCAACCGCGAUGGUCAUCGGCAAGCUAGUAACCACAGAUUGUCAGCAAAAUUGUGUGAGUUUUACAUAACGACAUAUGUGAGUUACGUAAGUCCGCG